AGCUCACAAGCACACCGCCGACCUCUGCCCCGGGGCGAAGGGGAGCAGCAGCGGCAGGCAGGCCCCAGCCCUGACUUCCACCGUCCCCGUCCCGCCAGCCCCCACACGGCCAGCGGGCGAACUGGAGCCAGCUCGGCUUCGCGGGCGCCGCCCCCCAGCAGGCUCGCCUGGGUCGGGCCAACAGUGACCGAAUCCACUUCGGCUCCGUCUACUCCGAAGUCGGCGCGUCCACACGGGGCCUGGUUCUAAUUCCCUCCCGCCAGUGGCAAGAGGACAGAGGCACCAAACUGACAUUUCAGUAAACCUCUCUUUCAGUUCUAUGAUGCUGUUGGGAAAUUUCAUACAACCAGUGCUCAGCUUAAAGAAACUAUCAACCCCAGGUCCACGCAGGCACUUCUGGGGAUGGCUGAAUGCAGUUUUUAACAAGGUAGACUAUGAACGUAUACAGGCUGUUGGCCCUGAUAGAGCCGCUUCGGAAUGGCUUCUGCGUUGUGGGGCACUGGUUCGUUUCCAAGGCUAUGAUAAAUGGCAGCAUGACUACAAUGGUCUCCCAACCGGGCCUCUGGGAAAAUACAAGAUACAAGCAAUCGAUGCCACAGAGUCCUGCAUCAUGUACCGAGGAUUUGAUUAUUUGGAUGGUCUCAAACACGUUGAGGAAAUUAAGCUGAGCAACUGUAUUUAUAUCCAGGAUGAAUGUCUGCAGAGGAUCAGUGAGACUGAGAGUUUACAGAAAAGUCUCCUGCGACUGAUGAUAAUUUCCUGUGGGAAUGUCACAGAUAAAGGCAUCGUAGCACUCCACAAACUAACGAACCUUGAAUAUUUAUUUCUGAGUGACCUUCCUGGGAUAAGUGAGAAAGAAACUACUAUUCAAAUCCUUAAGAAAUCAAUGCCAUCACUGGAGCUGGAAUUAGAUUUAGAAUAAAGGCAUCUUUACGUAAUUCUGAGGUCUUAUUUCAUAAUAUUCAUUAUCCUUAAACUAUAUGGGUUAUACAGUUGUCACUACUUAUAUUUCCUCAUGGAAGAAGAUCUCUCAUCCAUGGCUUUGAAGGUAUUUAAAAAAAAAUCAAUCUCAGUGAAAUGUCGUUGAACUUAAUUUGUGCUUCACUUAACUAUAGCGAAUGCAAUUCUGUAAACACUUGUAUGUUUUGGAGUGGUUGUAAGAAGAUAAAGAAUUCUGUCUACUAGCAGGGGAAAUAAGUAAAAACCAAAUACUCUUCCUUGCACCCAUGUAUACAAUUACAAUAGCUGUUUUUAAAUGUGCCUCUGUCUACCAGAUGAGUAUGGAAAAGAGAUUGAGUAUGGCUGAAGAACUAGACAGGAUACAGCUGUACUGAAUAUUUGUCAAGUUUCACCUGCUGUCUAAAUGCACGGUCUGUUUGGGAAUGUUACCAAAUGUGUAUGAUGAAGUUUUAAUAAACACUCUUGAAAACCAA